ACUGCGGGCAGUAGAGACAGGCUGCUCUUCGGUUUGUUUGCCCUCCCCCGAAAAAAAAAAAUAAAAAAAUAGGAGGGGUGAAAAAAGGCAGAAGUGAAGAGAUCCCCUACGCUUGCCAAAGUCUUUGUCUCCGGAUGAACAGCGAUGGGGGAAUGGACUAUUCUAGAGAGGCUACUGGAAGCUGCCGUGCAGCAGCAUUCUACUAUGAUAGGGAGGAUCCUGCUGACCGUGGUGGUGAUCUUCAGAAUUCUCAUUGUGGCCAUUGUAGGGGAGACGGUGUACGAUGACGAGCAAACGAUGUUUGUCUGUAACACGCUGCAGCCAGGCUGCAACCAGGCUUGUUAUGACCAGGCUUUCCCCAUUUCUCACAUAAGGUACUGGGUGUUCCAGAUCAUCAUGGUGUGCACUCCCAGCCUGUGCUUCAUAACAUACUCCGUUCACCAGUCUGCUAAACAAAGGGAACGGAGGUACUCCACUGUCUUCCUUACCUUGGAAAGGGACCAGGAUUCAAUGAAGCGUGAGGACAGUAAGAAAAUCAAGAACACGAUUGUCAAUGGGGUGCUGCAAAACACUGAGAACUCCACCAAAGAGGCAGAACCAGACUGCUUAGAAGUGAAGGAAAUCCCCAAUCCUGCUAUCAGAACUACAAAAUCAAAGAUGAGGAGGCAAGAAGGCAUUUCUCGAUUUUAUAUCAUCCAAGUGGUCUUUCGAAAUGCCCUAGAGAUUGGAUUCUUAGUGGGACAGUAUUUUCUGUAUGGAUUCAAUGUCCCUUCCAUGUACGAAUGUGACAGAUACCCUUGCAUUAAAGAAGUAGAGUGCUAUGUUUCUAGACCCACUGAGAAGACUGUAUUCUUGGUAUUCAUGUUUGCUGUCAGUGGGAUUUGUGUGGUGCUUAAUUUGGCAGAACUGAACCACUUGGGCUGGAGAAAGAUCAAAAUGGCAGUGAGAGGAGUACAGGCAAAAAGGAAAUCCAUAUAUGAAAUCAGAAAUAAGGACCUGCCAAGAAUGAGCAUGCCUAACUUCGGCAGGACUCAGUCAAGUGACUCAGCUUAUGUGUGAGGCUGUGACAGAACUGAAACACUGUGCCAGGUGGAACAGACCCAGAUACCAUUAGAGAAAGGUACAUUGCUUAGGCAAGCAUUUUAUCAAACCACCAAGAAAGCCAUUAAGGUAUUGGAUCUCCACUUACUGAACUAGCUGCAAAAUGCAGCACUAUAUAAAAGAC